AUGGAAAAAGAGCCACUUCUUCCAUAUUUCAGCCCCAAAAAACGCCUUUCCCCAUUGCCUUCUCAUCUUUUUCCUUUACCAGAAAACGAUGAAAUCGUUCUUCCUGUUACCCCUUCUGAGUUCAAGGAUCGUCUCAUCUUUGGACCUUCAUGUGCUUCACCAAGAGACCCUUCACCUUUGGCUGAUGCCUUAACACUUUCACGGAAUUCCCCAAAAAAUUCUUCUUGUUCCUCUUCCCACGACUUUGCAUCAGCAACAUCCACACUUUGUGAUUCAUCAUCACAACUCUCUCAACAACAACAAUUAUCCUCUUGGCUCAUUGACCCUAAUUAUCCAUGGAGGAAAACCAAUUUGCAUCGCUCCAAAACUGCACCGGCUAUGGCCGUUAUCAGUGAUUUCAAUCACCCAACUGUGAAAAGACCUCAAUUUGGUAGCCAAUCUAUUGUUCAUCAAGCUUUUAUUCUUCUUGUUCUUUAUUUGGCUUUAGGGGUUGUUAUCUAUUGGUUCAAUCGUCAUAGUUUUACAGCAACUGAGACUCACCCUAUUGUAGAUGCGUUGUAUUUUUGUAUAGUCACAAUGUGCACAAUAGGAUAUGGUGACAUUACUCCUAAUAGUACUGCAACCAAGAUUUUCUCUAUAUUGUUUGUGUUAAUUGGUUUUGGUUUUAUUGAUAUAUUGCUCAGUGGAAUGGUUAGUUAUGUUCUUGAUUUGCAAGAGAAUCAUUUGUUAAGGGCAGUGAAGGGAAGGAGUGCGAAGGAUGGAAGGUCGUAUAUAGUUGAUGUGAAGAAAGGUAGGAUGAGGAUUAGGAUGAAGGUGGCAUUGGCAUUGGGGGUUGUGGUACUUUGUAUUGGAGUCGGUGUCGGGGUUAUGCAUUUUGUGGAAAGUCUUGGGUGGGUAGAUUCCUUUUAUCUUUCAGUUAUGUCUGUCACAACGGUUGGGUAUGGUGAUCAUGCUUUCAACACUAUGCAUGGUCGUAUCUUUGCUGCAAUUUGGUUGCUUGUGUCAACGCUUGCGGUUGCCCGAGCGUUCCUUUAUUUGGCUGAGGCGAGAGUGGAUAAACGGCAUAGGAGGAUGGCUAAGUGGAUUCUUGGUCAGGACAUGACUGUUGCCGAGUUUCUUGCUGCUGAUAUAGACAACAAUGGAUUUGUGAGUAAAUCAGAAUAUGUUAUAUACAAGCUGAAGGAGAUGGGGAAAGUGACAGAGAAGGACAUCAUGCUGAUCAGUGAGAAAUUUGAUAGACUAGAUACCGGCAACUUUGGAAAAAUAACACUUGGUGAUCUCAUGGAGGGUCAUAAUGGAUGA